GGUGCCUUCAUCACGUUCAAGUCUUAAAGAACAGUAUGUGAACAGGACAGGUAACUUUCUGCGGAGGGGUACGUCACUCCAUCGCUGGGACGUGAUUGGCUAUUGAAUCUGUCGGUCAAAUAUUAUGUCGGCCCCCCCGUCACCCAUAGCAACCAAACUUGUCUCACUGAGCGGAGGUGAGAGAAAACAGUAGGCCGCAAGAGGACAGGAGCUUCAGCUAUCACCGGUUAAAACACGGUAUCAGUCAAGCCAACAAGGAGCAGGGAUGUCCUCCAAGACACCCAAGAGCACUGUCAGCAGUGCAGGCAGCAAGAGGAAAGGUAAAGACAAAAAGAGUGUCACACCCGUACAUUCGGAAAGUGUUCCAGGCCCUGGUCACCCUGAUGAUAUCUUCCCCUUGGUCCUGACGUCGGCCACCCAGGAGCUAUUUGGUUGCCGCGCUGAUGAGGAUGUCACAGGGGAGAGUCCCUACAAGCUUCUGAGAAAAGACGACAUCGUACAGGACAUGAAAAGAAGGGCUGCAGUUUCAGAUUUCAGCACUGUGAAGCAGAUCGUGUUGGAUUACCCAGAAGAAGAGAUCUUACUGGUUUUUGACAGGGAUUUCACCUACGGCCAAGGCUUCUACCUGGUUCUGACACCAGAGGCCAAGGAGAAGAUCCUCAAUCCCCCACUGCGCUCUGAGACUGAGACAUCUGGUGAGUGUGAAGUCUAUAAGACCCCAGAACCAAAACUAUGGAUAUCUCUUGGCAGUGAGCAGGAUAUAGAGGAGGAAUCUGUCAAAGAGUCUAGAGAAAAGCUGAAAUACAAGCUCUCCAGGGUGCGGAGGAAGUUCGGGACACUGGUCUGUUUCUCCGACUGGAAUACAGCAGAUGCUAAGGAUGGAGACGUGGAGUGUGCUUCUUACUCAGACAGCAGAUUCAGCAUCAAGCAGAUGGAGAGGGACUGCGGGAUACAGGCCAUUCCCAAACUCCAGAGCUCCAGUGCUCAAACACAGUGGAAGAAUCAAAAAAAUAUGUGCACGCAGUAUGAGCCAAGAGGGUUUAGUGAAGAAGAAAAAGAGAGCCUCGUCCAGUCAGGGAGUCUGAAGAAUUUCAUCAACUCUGUGACCCCCAGGGUAUUGCAAUCUCUCCAGCAGAAUGAGAUAAUGGAUGUGUUCUUAGACAACUGGACGGCCCUGGGUAUAGGAGCUGAGGAGUUUGACACUGGGGAGAGGGCCAACAAUCUGAUGGUGUAUCAGGCCUUCACAGACAUGCAAUACAGUAAAGAUAAGACAAUCAGCUCCAUCAACUGGCACCCCACCAUCAGUGGUGUGAUAGCAGUGGCCAUGACAGAGAAUGUGUCCUUGGAGCAACGGUUCAACCAGUCCACUAAGUUCCUCCUCAACCCCCCUCUGAUUCUUUUCUGGUGUUUCCAUGAUGCCUGCACACCCCAGUUGCUGCUGGAGUGCCCAGACGACGUUUUUGCCUUUGAGUUCUGCCCCACCGAUCCAAAUAUUAUCAUUGGCGGUUGCAUGAAUGGCCAGGUCGUGUUAUGGGACAUUUCCACUCACGUCAAGUAUUUACAAGGAUCAAUGCCCCGUGUUAGAAAGGAAACCUCUAACAGUGAUGCAUUUGACUUUGAGGAGAACAGAGAGAAUGAGACCCCCCUGGUGCGCUACUGUGCUGUUUCUGCAGUAGACAGCGGCCACAAAGCACAAAUUACUGAUGUCCAAUGGCUGCCGCAAACCUUCGAGGUGACCAAAACGGGCACACCGGUGGAGAACAAAAACAAAACAUGUGUUCAGGCCAUCACCUGCUCCCCUGACUGCUCUGUCAUGUUCUGGGACAUCCGGGUUUCCGUGAACCAGCCUGCAACAAAGCUGAAGCAGAAUGUGGAUCAGAAGCAGCCCGUGAAAUCCUACGGUGUCCCUGACACCUUCAGUCACUUGGACCGUUCCUGGAAACCACUGCUCAAGGUUUCCCUGCCAAUGAUUGAUGUCAAUGGGGAAUACAGCCCUUUGAAGUUUAGCCUGCAAGACUACAUCUGUGACAGCCAUACAGGUAGCAAUACAGAUGCAGCCCACCUGCAUGAGGAUAGAGCAGAGGUCACCCCAGACUACAGCAAGCUCCAGGUGCCCUCAGCCAAAACACUUAAAUCUCUGGACGAUGUCAACACCAAGUUCUUUGUAGGGACCGAGGAUGGGGAGAUUGUUUACACUGACUGGAGAUUGGAGAAGGACAAUGAUUCUGGACGGCUGCACAGUGCCAAGCCUCUCCAUUGUUUUAAUGUCCAUGACUGGUGGGUGAAUACGGUGCAGCGAUCACCCUUCUUCAAAGACGUUAUAUUGACAGUGGGAGGCUGGAACUUUGCCAUCUGGAAGGAGGGUGUCAUGGAUGGUACCAUCUUUCAGUCGCCACCCUCCACGCAGGUGUGCACUGCGGGAUGUUGGUCCCCAUCCCGACCAGCUGUGUUCUUCAUUGGGAAGGCGAAUGGAAACAUCGAAGUUUGGGACCUGCUGGAAAAGACCCACGAUCCCUCACAGAUCCACAACAUCACCUCCACCAAGAUAACCUGCAUCAAACCUUGGAUUUUCUCCUCCAAACAACACUUCUUGGCUGUGUCUGAUGACAAAGGAAUGCUCCACAUUCUUGAAAUCCCACGGAUGCUCUACCGCCCCUCCUCUGAUGAGAAACUAAGGGUAAGGAUAUACUUGGAGACUGAGGUGGACAGGCUGGUGUAUUUUACGAAGAGGAGAGAUGUAUGGGCUGAAGAGAAGAAAGACACUGAGGCCAUGGAACUGAAGAAGAAAUCGGAGCCGAUGAAAAGCCUGGACUAUUUUAACGAAGAGGAACAGAAGGAAUAUCAGGAGUACCAGGAGCUGGAGACGUCCAUUCUGAAGAGCAUGGGCCUGCUGCCGGCGACUGACAACAUGAAAGAAUUCUGACAUCUCACACAGUACCAGUUAUUUUUUGUCAAAUAUGAUUCCUUGAACUAUAUAACAAAACUUUGUGAUUUAACACAAAUACAUGCCAGCCUGUAUUUUCACAGUGCCAUGGUUUAGUCUGGUCUUUCACCAGUCAUAAUUGUAAAUCUUUGAAGAAUUUUCAUCUUCAUUAGCUAUUUGUGAAAUAUGUAAAGUGUUAAUAAAAAUAGUUUACCAAACAUAGACAAGCCGCUCUAAUUAAUAAUAUGAGGACUUGGUUUUGCCAUUGACAUUUAGAUAGUCCUUGGGCUAAUGGCUCAGCACCACCAAUGGAUUUUUCUGAUCACCACAUCAGAGAUCUCGUUACUGUGUAAUGCCAUCCAUUCGCCCCUGUUCACCACCACUCCCCGAGGAUCCAAGUAAUGAAAUACAUUUUGGAAUACCUCAAGGGUCUGAACUGGGCAGGAAAUCAUUUCAUGGUUCCUUAAUUUCAAGAUUAUUUUCAUCUGUUUUGUUCUGUAACUGUGUUUAGCAUCGAGAAUUACUGUAUAAAUAAAGAUUUUUAU